AUGCAGUACAACCUGAUCGGGAGCAGAAUCAACAACCACUACCUGGUGGACCCCUACGUGAGCAUGCUCUACUUAAAAAGGGCAUACAAGUUUUUGAAGCUGCUAAAGGACAACGGCGGGGAUGUCCUAAUCGUAGGCAACAAGCACAGAGAAGUCAACUUAGAAAACUACUUUAACAACAUUCAGCGGAAGGAGGUAUGUGACCUAAACACUAUAACAAACGUCACGAAGAAGUUUGACCUGCUGGUUUGCACCGACUUAGCGUUGUUCUACCCCUACGUCAAGAACGUCCUCAUCCCAAAAAUGCUGGUUGCAGAUGGGAACACCUUCAUAAAGUACAAGACUUUUUUGCACACCUUCGAUUAUUUCAUUCCACUGACGAAUGAGAAGCUGGACCGUCACCUGCACUACGUGCUGGCCCGCAGAAAGAGGAAGGAGUGCAUUCCCCUGCAGGGGGUCACAGUUAAGCUGUUCUAA